UGACAAGCAACUUCAAUCAUCAAUGAUUAAACUACCGUGGACUAAAGAUUAUUUAAUUACAUAAUUAAUUUUAAAAACUAUGCAAACACUGAUCUUGGACACUUUAUUUUUGCUACUUUCAGUAACUCAAAUAUAAUUUAUUCUCCUCCUUAGUUUUCAUUGGACGGUUGCAGUGAUGGCCAGGAACAAUUUCCAAAUCUGUCUCCGACAGCUAAUCAAAAGCAAAAAUUAUACUAAAAGUUGUAUUUUCUUUCCAGCACCUAAUAGAAUAACAGCUAGGCUAAUUGAUUCAUCUUCUAUAUAGUGCAAGUUGCAAAAUAAAAUGACUUCUUGAGCUUUCUAUAUGUUCGUUUGAAGUCCCAUAAAGAGGAAAUUUUCAACGCUAAAUUAAGUUAUUGCUCCCUUGAGUUGUGUUUGCUAAAUUAGAUGAACCAUGCUCGUUUUUGUUAGUCUUUCUGGCCAUAACAGUCUGAGCAAUGACAGAAUUAGAAGGAAAAAAAAGCACUCUAUCUGGGAAUUGAACGGCGAGUGGGUGUUCAACAACAUUUCUUAGCUUAGACAUUCCUUCACGUUAGGUCAAAAAUAUUCUUAAAAUGAUGUGAUAAUCUAGUAACUUUUACUUAGAUCAUAUAUUGGUAUUACCGAAUUCAUCAAAUAUAAAUAAAUAUUUAUUUACAAACGAAAGAGCUAUGAUUUCUACUGCAAGUUAAAAAAUCACAAACUUCAAAUCCUCCUCUAAAAUUCUAUUUUCAAGCACGAUUUGUCCCCCAAAAGAAAAAAAGUCACGUCAUUAAAGAUAUCGUUACACAUUAUAUGUAGUUUCCGUUCCUUUUUCCCGCCCCCACCCCAAACAAGUUCCGUCAUCCGUGGGCAUUCAUAUGGCACGUACAAUACGGAAGUUUUGACAUGAGACCCACAGUUGGGUUGUCACGAGGUCCCAAGCAAUGGAAUUUGAUGAUACCUUUCUCCAAAUGGGGAACUGGAUGGACCUCAAAGGCUCAAACACACUCUCCCAAAGAAAAUUAUACACAUGCCUCUUAAAAACAUGAUAAAUAAAGCUAAAACUUCAAUAAAACAAAGUGAUUACUUGAGAAAAAUGAGAGGCAGGGAGCAGAGAUGCCAAUGUGCUUGUAGAAACGGUAACACUACUAUCAUCAGAAAACUAAAGGUAAAUCUCCUUUACAGAUUGCAGUCCAUUUGCAAGCACUGCUUGUCCUUUUAGGAGAGAGUAUGCGCAACAUCUGACAUACACACUAACGGGAACAAAUUACUGCAAUUGCUUUAUCGUGGACCAUAUAUAUCGCCCCACUUUAUUUUCCACACUUUACAGUAACAAAAAGCCCCCUUCAUAAUUAGCUUUGAUUAACCAUUUUGUCUUAUCUUGUAAUUACGUCUGUAAGCCUAAUGUAAUUGUAUCUUGUGUUUUGAUUCCUGAAACUAAAGUUAAAUUUUAGAGAGGAAUUUAUACAUAUUACAGGAAGAUUAGGAGGACCAUAGUUGUGUCACCAUCGCCAUUAUUAUAUUCAUCUAGAUCCCUCUAUAUAUUUCCUCUCACAUUCCACGUUUUCCCGUUUCUUUAAAUUCUGACAUACAUACUGAAAGAAAGCUAAGGUUGAUAAUAAUGACAUUGUUGGACCAGUGUGCAGGCUGCAGAAGAGGACGAACAUGACCUUGUCGGUUGUUUUAGUGGAGUAAGUCUUUACUUUCAUCAAUGUCUUAUGGCAACUCAUCACUCAUUAGUCAUUACUCUUUCUUUAGCUACCAAAGUACUCCAUUAUAUUGGAUGCCUCUUCCUCUUGUCUGGUCUUUUGUGUUGGAUGCCUCUAAGGAGACACAAGAAAGUCUUCUCUCAUUAAUUAUUUUUAUGGUUUCUAGCCCUUCUUGUUGCUGAGUCUUAGUAUUUACUCUAAAUCCUGCCACAUUAACUUAGCUCUAUUUAUACCCCGUGUUGACCCGCUACCUUAAUUUUCUUGAAAAAUUAAAAUACCCCAUCUUUAAAUAGUACUCCUUACUAAAGCUUAGCUAGCUCACCAAAGUCAUUGGGUCAAUUCUUUGUCCAUUUCUCAGCCUCACUAAUUCACUUACGUAUAGUGAAUUAGUACAACAUACAGUGGAGUUAGCACUAAAAAAUAUCACACUCAAAUUGAUUAGUCCUCCAAUUAUGACACAUCACUGUGUUACCUAAAAGAGAUGAAAAGAGUUCAGAAGAUAUUUAUUUUGUAACUUAGGAUAGAUUACCUGAAGGUGAAAGUUUAAGAUCAGGCAGUCAUUUCAGAUAGCAAAUUAGUUAGGAUUUAUGGAACACAGAGGCCAAGAAAAGGAUAUGGGCAUGCCUAAUCCUAUGGCUUAUAACCACCCAUCUCAUCUUAAUCAGCAAGAAUCAUCAUCCUCUCCAGCAAACAAAUUCCCUACUGCUCCUAUUGAUGAUGAUAGAAGAACAAAUGAACAAAUUAUCCCUGGAAAUACCAUUAUUAGCCCUAACCAAACCCUAGAUCAGCAUAAUCUUACUCAAACUUCAGAUCCAGAUCCAAAUCCAGUUCGACAAGUAUCUACCAGUUCAGCAAGUGAGAGGAAUACUAGCACCAUUCGGUACAAAGAAUGUCUCAAAAAUCAUGCUGCAAAUAUGGGAGGACACAUACUAGACGGUUGCGGAGAAUUCAUGCCAAGUGGAGAAGAAGGAACACCGGAGUACCUGAAAUGUGCAGCUUGUGAUUGUCACCGCAAUUUUCAUCGGAAAGAGACCGACGAUGAAUCACAAACACCUGGUAUGCAUAGAAAUAACAGCAUCAACCACCGCAUACACACGCAAACUCCGCCUUCUCUGCCAGCUGCGCCGACGCAUCAUCAUCAUCAUCAUAAGUACUCUCAUAGCUAUCCAAGGGGUCACAUGGCGCCAGUAAUGAUGAGCUUUGGAGGGAACUCGGGAGUUCCAGCUGAAUCAUCGAGCGAAGAUCUGAACAUGUUUCGUGACGGACAAGGGAUCAUUCAGCCUUGUAAUUUUUCGGCAUCGAAGAAGAGAUUUCGGACGAAAUUCAGUCAACAACAGAAGGAUAGAAUGCAAGAGUUUGCUGAAAAGCUUGGAUGGAGAAUUCAAAAACAAGAUGAACAAGAAGUGCAACAAUUCUGUAACGAAGUCGGCGUGAAGAGACAAGUGUUCAAAGUGUGGAUGCACAACAGCAAACAAGCAAUCAAGAAGAAACAAACAUAACAGGCAAGACUGCGAAACCCCGUCUUAGAUUAAAUUACAGACUUUUUCUUCUUUGUGCAUAAAUCUGAUAGAUAAGAGGAGUUUAGACAAAUAAUCAAUUCUUUGAUCACAAAAUUUCAGCAGGCUUAGCAGCUUCAGAUUAAGUCUGACUUUUAUAGUAGUUACUCCCCGUUAGCGAAGCAAUUUAAUGUCUCAAGAAUAUCAUGGAGAGCUUUACCUUAUGUUAUUAGUAUUUAGUACUUACUAUAUCAAUUAA